AUCUCACCUACCAAACAACUUGUUCUCCACACACAGCACAACUUAUUCUUGCACUUAUGGCAACAUUCUACGACUCUGCUAUGGGCAUCCGUGUGGGCAUGGAACCUCCCCUCGAUCUCAGCGAAGAGCCUGGUUUCGCAGACACAGACUGUGGCGAGGUCCAAAUCUGUCUAAUGGUCCUUAACGUCAAUGACCCUACCGUCUGUCCACAACACAGACCUUGGUUCCUCUACUGGACUGUUGGACAUCCUCCCGUGGCGUGUCGUGUCCUGCGAAUUGUCAAAGAACCAGGUUUCGAGCAUUACACUAACUGGGGACCUGUCACCAUUCCCGAUCUCUUGGAAGACGGAGACAGCGACUCUGUUAGGGUUGUCCCUAUUGGGAGAUUCAAUUUACGACAGAGGUUGCAGUGGGAACGCGUCGCGAAUGAAACUACGGUGCCGAUGUUCGAUUUUGAGGGGAAGUAUGAUGGACAAGCUUGGAUUGUCGAUGUUUUUAAUAGGGCAAUCAAGUGUGGUCUCAUGACUCCCAUGGAUGCACAGAGAUAUCUUCAGAAAGCGCGGGAGUGUUGACCAAGGUUAAUUCUUGUCUCUGUUUGAUAUGUUUCUUCUGGAUCCUUCUGCUAUUUGCAUCGAUGUACCAUACCACUGCACUUUAUUCUCGCCUAGUCUAUGUAUCGACGAACGAAAUCAUCUGGAUUAUCUCAUUCUCGAACUUUUGAACCUACCAAUUUUGG